UUACAUAUUUCCAUUCAAUAAUUCAUCGAAAAAAUAAUAUCCAAUUUUCCAAUCUCUUCUUCUUCUUCUUCGUUUCAUGGCAGAUCGUUUUCACCUCUUUCCCAGUUUCGUAGCCUGUGAUCGGAUCCAGUGGAUAACUUCCCACGGUGCUGAAAGAGAACUGAUUCGCGAGGUUUCUUAGCAGCCAUCUGAUUUUGUAAUGCAAGCAUUUGAUGAUGACAAAAGUAAGAAGAAGAAUUUGAAGCGUUCAAGAUCAUCUCCUUGCAAUAUGCCUGUCACAGAUUCCAAUAUUCUCGACGAUUGUAUUCUUUUCCCCGUUGAAGAGAUUGUGCAAUACCCGUUGCCUGGAUACGUUGUUCCAACUUCAAUCAGUUUCAGCCCUGAUGAUAACAUUAUAACUUAUUUGUUUAGUCCUGAUCAUACUUUGAAUAGAAAGGUUUUUGUUUAUGAUCUCAAAACUUCCAAGCAAGAAUUGUUUUUUAGUCCCCCUGAUGGAGGGCUCGACGAAUGUAAUAUAUCGCCAGAGGAGAAGUUGAGGAGGGAGAGGUUGAGGGAGCGCGGGUUGGGAGUUACACGGUACGAAUGGGUGAAGACUAGCUCGAAGAGGAAAACCAUCAUGGUGCCAUUGCCAGCAGGGAUAUAUUUCCAGGAGCUUUCCUCUUCAAAACCAGAGCUUAAACUUCCGAGCACUCCAAGUUCACCAAUCAUUGAUCCACAUGUAUCACCUGAUGGUACAAUGCUUGCUUAUGUUAGAGACUCCGAGCUGCAUGUUCUUAAUCUGUUGUAUAAUGACUCAAAACAGUUAACAAAUGGUGCCUCAGGAGAUACCUUGACUCACGGAAUCGCUGAAUAUAUAGCUCAGGAGGAGAUGGACAGGAAGAAUGGAUACUGGUGGUCACUAGACGGCAAAUACAUUGCAUUUACAGAAGUUGAUUCCUCUGAGGUCCCCCUUUUCAGAAUUAUGCACCAAGGUAAAAGUUCCGUUGGUUCAGAUGCGCAGGAAGAUCAUGCUUAUCCAUUUUCUGGAGCUUCAAAUGUCAAAGUUCGCCUCGGUGUAGUUUCUUCUGCUGGAGGUCCUAUUACUUGGAUGGAUCUUCUCUGUGGAGGAACAAAUCAACCAGAAAAUGAGGAGGAAUAUUUGGCCAGAGUCAAUUGGAUGCCUGGGAACAUAUUAACUGCCCAAGUUUUGAACAGAUUGCACACAAAGCAAAAACUCUUCAAGUUCGAUAUCAAGACAGGACAGAGAAGAGUUAUAUUGGAAGAAGAACAUGGCACUUGGAUUAACUUACAUGACUGCUUCACGCCUCUUGACAGAGUAAUAGGCAAAUUUCCCGGCGGAUUCAUCUGGGCGAGUGAAAGAACAGGAUUUAGACAUCUUUAUCUGCAUGACCUGAAUGGAAAUCCCUUAGGGGCUAUCACCGAAGGAGACUGGAUGGUUGAACAAAUCGCCGGUGUGAACGAAGCUGUGGGGCUAGUUUAUUUUACUGGAACUUACGACGGGCCAUUGGAAUCCAACCUUUACUGUACUAAACUCUUCCCAGAGGGAAACCAACCCUUGCAGGCCCCAAUGAGGCUGACUCGUAGAAAGGGAAAGCACGUUGUUGUGCUUGAUCAUCAUAUGAGGAAUUUUGUCGAUCUCCAUGAUUCACUUGAGUCGCCCCCUAAGGUUUUGCUUUGCUCCUUGCAAGAUGGAAGCGUGAUAAUGCCACUUUAUGAGCAGCCAUUUAGAAUUCCAAGGUUGAAGAAGCUUCACCUUGAGCCUCCAGAGAUAGUCCAAGUACAGGCUAAUGAUGGGUCCGCGUUAUACGGGGCUUUGUAUAAGCCCGAUGAAACCAGAUUCGGACCUCCACCUUAUAAAACUAUGAUCAGUGUCUAUGGUGGGCCAUGCGUACAGCUUGUAUGUGAUUCUUGGAUAAACACAGUUGACAUGAGAGCGCAAUAUCUGAGAAGCAAAGGCAUCUUAGUAUGGAAGUUAGACAACAGAGGAACUGCUAGAAGAGGACUGAAGUUUGAAGGCUCUCUAAAGCACAAAUUCGGUCAAGUUGACGCUGAUGACCAAUUGACUGGAGCAGAGUGGCUAAUCAAACAAGGUCUAGCGGAAGCAGGCCUAAUCGGGUUGUAUGGUUGGAGCUACGGUGGUUUUCUUUCAGCUAUGACUCUGGCCAGGUUUCCGGAUGUCUUCCGAUGUGCUGUGUCAGGCGCGCCUGUGACCUCGUGGGACGGCUACGACACGUUCUACACCGAGAAGUACAUGGGGCUGCCAUUGGAGAAUCAGGCGAGUUACGAGUUUGGAUCAGUUAUGGACCACGUUCACAAGAUGACAGGAAGUCUGCUGCUUGUGCAUGGCAUGAUAGAUGAAAACGUCCAUUUUCGGCACACUGCUAGGCUUGUGAAUGCUCUCGUUGCUGCUGAAAAGCCAUACGAGCUGCUGAUUUUCCCGGACGAACGUCACAUGCCCCGCGGGCAGAGAGACCGGAUUUACAUGGAGAAGAGAAUUUGGGACUUCAUAGAAAGAAAAUUUUCAAGUUAACUUCUGUGAAUAUUUCUGUUCUUGUUCUUUAUGUUGUUCCUUUUGGUUAUAUAGCAGCAGUAAAAGGUAGUUCAAUGCGGAGCC